CGCUGGUCUGCUCUCCGUGGAGCCGUCAGGGCAGCACUGCUCUGCUCUCCGUGGCUGAGAGAGGGGACAAUAGAAACCUCAAGUCCAGAGCCAUGGAAGAAGACAAUAAUUUGGGGAAACCUUUGGAAGAGAGGAGAGGGAAGCUGACUGUUGUCCUGAUGUUGGCUACCCUCAUAUCUGCCUUUGGAUCAUCCUUCCAGUAUGGAUACAACGUGGCUGUGAUCAACUCUCCAUCGCAGUUCAUACAACAGUUCUACAACACUACCUACGUGGAGCGUUACAGCGGACCUAUGGAGGACAGCUUCCUCACCCUGCUGUGGUCUCUGUCUGUCUCCAUGUUCCCCCUGGGAGGGUUGUUUGGCUCACUGAUGGUGGCCCCGCUUGUCAACAAACUAGGAAGGAAAGGCACCCUCCUCUUCAAUAACAUCUUCUCCGUUGUUCCUGCUGUGAUGAUGGGAGUGAGCGAGAUCGCUAAGUCAUAUGAGAUCAUCAUCGUGGCUCGGAUUAUAGUGGGGAUCUGCGCAGGUCUUUCGUCCAACGUGGUGCCUAUGUACCUGGGUGAACUCUCUCCUAAGAACCUGAGAGGAGCGAUCGGUGUCGUGCCUCAGCUCUUCAUCACCAUCGGGAUCCUCAGUGCACAGGUGUUAGGCAUCAGGAGCAUUCUGGGAAACAACACAGGCUGGCCUCUCAUGCUGGGUCUAACAGGUAUCCCUGCCCUGGUAGAGCUGUUGCUACUACCGUUCUUCCCAGAGAGCCCCAGGUACAUGCUGAUCCAGAGAGGAGACGACAAGACCGCCCGGAGAGCGCUGCAGCGUCUACGAGGCUGGGAGGAUGUGGACAGAGAGAUGGAUGAGAUGAGACUGGAGCACCAAUCAGAACAAGCCGAGGGCCGCCUGUCCGUCCUCAACCUCCUGUCCCUCCGCUCCCUGCGCUGGCAGCUCAUCUCCAUCGUAGCCAUGAACAUGGGUCAACAGCUGUCUGGGAUCAACGCGAUAUACUACUAUGCUGACAGUAUCUACAGCUCAGCGGGAGUCCCGGAGAGUGACAUUCAGUACGUCACAGUUGGAACUGGGGCUGUCAACGUCUUCAUGACCAUCACCGCGGUGUUCAUUGUGGAGGCCGCAGGCAGGAGGCUGCUCCUCCUCAUUGGGUUUGGGAUCUGCUGUGUGUCCUGUGCUCUCCUCACUGUGGCCCUCACCUUCCAGGAGAGUACGGAGAGGAUGCCCUACGUCAGCAUCGCCUGUGUCAUCGUCUAUGUUGUUGGACACGCGGUCGGACCCAGUACUAUUCCCUAUGUGGUGACCACAGAGAUGUUCCGCCAGUCGUCCAGACCAGCAGCCUUCAUGGUGGCAGGGUCGAUCCACUGGCUGUCCAACUUCACUGUGGGGCUGGUGUUCCCCUUCAUGGAGAGUGGCCUGGGCUCCAACAGUUUCAUCAUCUUCUGCUUCAUCUGCUUGGCGACACUGUUCUACAUCUGGCUGAUCGUCCCGGAGACCAAGAACAAGACCUUCCUGGAGAUCAGUCAGAUGUUCGCUGACAGGAACCAGGUGGAGAUACAGGUGGGAAAUGCUCCGUUGAAACCGGAGACCGGAGACGGCAAGGAAGGCGACGCAUUCAAGGUCACUGCCUUCUAAGGAGGAGGAUUGAGGCCGUUUAUUUAAGGACUCUGUUUGAGAGAAGAAAGGAGAAGAACAAAAAAACAACUGGUUGUUCUAUUUGAAGGUUGACAGACUGGACUGGAACCACUUGGUGUAAUUUGUAUUUAUUAAAUUAUACGCCCAAUGCAGAUGUUGUUAUGUCAAUACCAAAUCAUUUCUGGGCAACAGAAACAGCAAUGAAUCCCUUUGAAAGUGGCCUGUGUCAAAGUUGACUACAAAGUGUAAACAGGAUAAUUUUGGUCAUAAAGUCAGUCUCGUCUAAAAUGGAGUUCAAAUCAAAUUUUAUUUGUCACAUUCACAUGGUUAGCAGAUGUUAAUGUGAGUGUAGCGAAAUGCUUGUGCUUCUAGUUCCGACAAUGCAGUAAUAACCAACGAGUAAUCUAACCUAACAAUUCCACAACAACUACCUUAUGCACACAAGUGUAAAGGGAUGAAGAAUAUGUAAAUAAAGAUAUAUGAAUGAGUGAUGGUACAGAGCGGCAUAGGCAAGAUGCAGUAGAUGGUACCGAGUACAGUAUAUACAUAUGAGAUGAGUAAUGUAGGGUAUGUAAACAUAA